GGUCACCCUUCUCUUUGAAACUUGUUGCGAUCCUGUGCACUCACAGAAACAGCUAGCAGUUAGCUACCAUUAGCCUGUCAGUACCCUGCAGCAGUAGCUGCAGCCCAGAGAAACUCUAGCUUCGUCCACAGACUAAUGACAGGGACACUAAACAUAAAGAAAUGCGCCUGGAAAUUGAAUGCUAGUUUCUCCUGUCUGUAUCGCCAACACUGUGUGAAGCCAUCUCUGACCUGAAUCCCGCUGUGAGGAAACUAUCGGCCAUGGAUCCUGAUCGACAAAAACGAAGAGAGGAAAUUCAGAAAGCCAUGAGCUUUAUCCAGUCAUCAUUGCCUUUCCCAGAGCCAGAGAGUUAUGAAGCAUUUGUCGCCCAGUUGGUGUGUAACUUGCUGGACGAGGGCAAUUGUUGCUUUCGAGAUGGGGACAGUCGUCAGGCGGCCCAGCAGUAUGGGGAGGGGAUCAGUGUUGCCCGCUAUGCUCAGGCUGAGGCCCUCGUCAUCCCCCAUGAGCUGCUGGAGAGCCUGUACGUCAACAGGGCUGCUGCCUGCUACCAGACGAGGGAGUAUGAGCGCGGGGUCCAGGACUGUGACAGUGCACUGUGUGUGUCAGAAGGCAGUCGGAGGGCUUUGUACCGCAAGGCGAUCUGUCUGAGGGAAUUGGGUAGAAUCCGAGAGGCCUACGAGUGCGGAACCAAAUGUCUCCUCACAGCACCGCACGACAGACAGGUGAGUGACCUGGCUCAGGAUCUGGCCACGAAGCUGGGCCUGAAGGGUCGUAAGGCUUACGUCAGCCAACAGACGGAGUCCACGGCCACAGAUGGGGAGAAUCACGGGGAGUCUAACCCAACCACAGGAGAGAUGUCCUCCAAUGGGCUGGAAUCUCUGGGUGACAUGGAAUCAGGAGACAUGUCUAACGCACAGUGCAUCCCCGCUCCUCUGGCCACUCCCAUCCCGGUCAGCGAUGACCCGGCGAGCCCCGAGGGGACGCCCUGCUCCGACAUGUCAGAGAGCCCCAGCAGCCAGGGCCUGCCCCCCAUGCCGUACUCCGUCCCCGUGUCGGAGCACAUGGAGGAGUGCAGCGUCAUGAAGGACGAGCUCAACAGUCUGCUGGAUUGCAGCCCAAAGAAAGUGAGUGAGAGUCCGGUCCAGGGUGCUAUCCCCACAAACCUCCCCAACACGGCGACGGGUCUCCGGCCUCCGUACUCCCCGAGCCUCCCGGCCCCGUCCUCCCAGCUCCCUUCAGACUUCUUCAGCUCCUCCGUCAGUGAGAUGCCCUCGCUGGAGCCCUUCACGCAGCUAGCACAGCGAGACCAGGGCUCCACCCAGGCGCAGGACGCUCUUGGGAGCUUCCCCACGGGGGCCACGGACGCAGACGGGAACGCAGGAGUCUCCGCUGGCGGGCUGGACUCGUUGUCUGAGUACACUCUCCCUGGGGGACGGGUGUGUCACAGCUUCAUCCCUGGGAUGCGCAACCACAGCGCUGCACAUGCAAACGGUCCAGCAGGAACAAACCUGUCUCUGCUCUCCAGGAAUCCUCUGGCAGCCACACAUGACUUUCGGCAGGCCUGUCACGCCUGUUACAGCAGAAUAGGUCCACGAGUUAUGGACUACAAAUACCAGCCGGAGGCUGCACAUCGCUGCAAGAGGGACGUGCUGCUGUGCCGCCUCAAAAACACAGACGACCCCACCUGGAAGAGGAUCCGGCCGCGGCCUGCACGGAACAACUUCCUGGGGGCAUUCGUACUCUGUAAAGAGGUGCAGGAGCGUCAGGAGUGCCAGUACGGGGAGAACUGCACGUUUGCUUACUGCCAGGAGGAGAUUGACGUUUGGACGCAGGAGAGGAAGGGAGCGCUGAGCCGAGAGCUGCUGUUCGAUCCUCUGGGCAGCACGGAGCGACGGGCACUCAGCGUCACCAGACUGCUGCAGCUGCACAUGGGCAUGUUCAUGUUCCUCUGUGAGGAAUGUUUUGACAGUAAGCCUCGCAUCAUCAGUAAGCGCAGCAAAGAAAACUUAGCAGUCUGCUCGAACCUCACAGCUCGACACCCGUUCGACGACAACAAGUGCCUGGUGCACGUGGUGAGGUCGGCCAACGUGCGCUACAGUAAGGUGCGUCCGCUGCACCCCCUCUGUCAGUUCGACGUGUGUCGCCACGAGGUCCGAUACGGCUGCCAGCGCGAGGACAGCUGCUCCUUCGCUCACUCCGUCAUAGAGCUCAAAUGCUGGGUCCUGCAGCAGGACACCGGUAUCACACAUGAAGAGAUGGUGCAGGAGUCCAAGAGACACUGGCAGAGGCUGGAGCAGAACGCACAGAAGCAGCAGCAGAAGCCCAUCCACAUCCCCCAUCUGAGCAGCAGCAGCAUGCCUGCAGGAGGAAUGGGGGGAAUGGGAAGUGGAGGGGAUGGUAUGGGAGGGGGGGGUGUGGGUCCUGUGGGGGGGUUGGGUGUGGGAGGGUUAGGAGCAGGAGGGGGGAGAGGGCGCCCCUUCAACCUGAAAAUGAAGUUUGUGUGUGGUCAGUGCUGGAGGGAGGGACAGGUCAACGAGCCCGACAAGAACCUCAAAUACUGCACCGCCAAAGCCCGGCACAGCUGGACCAAGGAGCGUCGGGUCCUGCUGGUGAAAUCCUUCGAGAAGAAGAAGUGGGUCGUUGUUCGGCCGCUGCCUUUCUCCCGCACCUAUCCUCAGCAAUACGACAUGUGUGUGCAUGUGAUGAAGCAGAAGAAGUGCCACUACAUCGGGAACUGUUCGUUCGCCCACAGUCUGGAGGAGAGGGACGUGUGGACGUACAUGAAGAACAACAGCUUGAGAGACAUGCAACAGAUGUACGAAAUGUGGCUGCAGCUAACCAACCAGAGCCGGCGCAGCGACAUCUCCACGGUGACGCCGUCCCCAGAGGACAAGCAGGUCACCAUAACAGCGGACUACACAGAGAGCAUGGGCGGCCGGCGGCUGUCAGACGGAGAUGACCUCUGAGUGUUUCUGCAGACCUCCUCUAACAUCGAGUGAGAGAGCAGAUGGACACACCACAAAAUGGUUGACCCCAUCCCCAACAACACACACACACACACACACACACAUACACACACAAACACUUUCACACCAAUCACAGGCACCGCUUCACACACAGAGAGAGCUUUGGCUUCAGCGUUGUGUUUUAAUAUCAUGCUGCAGCUUCACACAGCAUCCUUUAGGUUCCCCUUCAGCAGAUUAUACCGCAGAAACGCCACAGACAACUGACUAAAAAGAAAUGAUCCGCAGCGCUCUUUGGGAUGUGUGUGUGUCCACCAGGCACCGCUUUUCUUGUUCUCUCUCAAUAAAUCCUCGCAGCACUGAAGCGACUAUUGGGUGGCCGCGCUGGUCGCAGCUCUUAAAUGUAGCUUGGUGAUAAUUUUAAGACACAAGUAAAGCGCUUAACGUUGAAAUCGAAACUUUGCAGUGCCAAAAAUAGCCAAGCCCAUAACGCUGAAGAAGAAUGAAGACGUUUGAAAAGAGGUUCUCGGUGGACACAACCCAAACCCUGUUUUCCUUUCUUAACGGGAGCAUCACAACAGGGGUCAACGUAACCGAGAUUUUCCUCCAAUGGGAGUUGUACUUCCUUGUUAUAUUGUCUGCCAUAUUGGUAGAAAGCAAUGAAUGUAACGCCUGCACGGGCCUUUCAAAAACUAGGGAAAUUAGUCGCGGAUAACAUUGCUGUGGUCGUGGAAUGUAUGCAAGUAUAUGCGCCCCAAAAACAUGCCCCUAUAUAGAUACAAGACGGCCUCCUGAUAGGUACGUAGGUAAUAAAACACACUUAAGCAGGGGAGGUGAAUGUGUGGAAUUUUACCCUAUUGUAAAGCACACCGCAGAUGCCCGUUGAGGGAUAGUGAUGCCUGAAUAAUAGUGGAAAAACAGCCGUAAAGACGGAUAAAGUUGUGAGGAAAGACCCGUUCGUAGUAGUUGAAUAAGGGAAGGAAUAUCAUUUAAAUAGCUGAGAGAAGAUGAGUGGCAGGAAUAUUAAGAAUCUAUAUUUUCGAUGGUUAAUUGAGAGAAUAUUAAGGGUAAUUUAGUUAAGGGGUCUCUUCUUUCCUCCGUUAAAUUGGGGUCAUCACUUUACCGAAAAACAUAUAUCAUGCCCCUGCAAGCCUUCAGAAGGAAACCCCGUGUUCCUCAUAUGUCUUUUAUGUUCCUGAUAGCUAUAUAUUAACCUUCUAUUCAUGGGAAAUCAUUCUCAUCAUACAAUGUGCCUAUAAACACACACACACACACACACACACACACACACACACACACACAGACAGAGAGGCAGGAUAUCGGUUGCCAUGAUGGAUCUAUAUUCAGAUACACACAUAUUAUACAUAUGUAAUGCUAUACUACUAAUAAUAAUUGAUAACUUAGCGGUUAAGCUUAAUAAAUAUAUAACCUGUAUUGAUUACAUAGAAGAACUUCCUGUUAUUGAGGUAUUGCUAUAUGACAUGUAACGCUGAACUAGACGACUAUAGUGACUUUUAUUUGUUAUAAUUCUCUUUAUUUUAGUCAUUUGUUUCCUUCUGUGCGGGUUGUUCCAGACAGAGUUUGUGUAGAGGGGCUUGAAGCAGAGAUUGAGUUUAAUAUUUAAUCCAAAAGAAGUUUGUUUUAUUUGUUUACGUUUUAAGCAGCUAAACUGGACGCACACAAUGGGUUCUCGUUCUGCAAAGUGUAGGUUUAACAUAAGAGAAUCUCCACUUUAUACUUAAAAAAAGUCAUCAAAAUGUUGCUAAAUCAACAAAUGGCUUCAAUUCCCGACUUACUGAAGUUGUUUUGAACUCGAAAAUGAUUUAGAAUUGGAGGAAAAUGUCAAAUAAAGUAUAAAGAAGAGAAGAUUAGCGUACGUUUUUUUUGUUAUAUUUCAUUCUCUGGAUAAAUAGAGAAAUCGUGCCACAUCAAAAUCUGCAGUGUCUUCAUUAUCCCACUCUUAACAGCUGACUUAAUGCCCAAAAUCAUACUUUUUGCUCCCUAAAACGUCGGAUCGGACGUCAGUUUUCCUGCAGUUAAAUAGUUGCUAAGGAGCCCUGCUCUGGAACAGCCCCUGGUAUUAGCUUCUUGGAGGGAUCGUAUUACUACUCCUAGUAUUAUGAUGAAUAUGAUGACGAUAAUGAUUGCUAUUUCUAUUUCUUCUCUAUAUAUGCUAUUGAUAUAUGUAUGUUAAUUGCAAUGUAUAACUCUCUUUAUAUAUGUAUCCAUGUAUGAAUAUAAUAAUUAACAGUGAAUAUGUAUGCGCAGGGAGGCAGUGAGCAGGAAACUUAAAUGUGAGGCUCUUUUUAAAGUCCUGCAGGGGUAAGUAGAGGACAUUUCACACAAUAUAUAUCAAUGUUGUCUGAGCUUUGUUUGUAAGCCUUAAGAUUAUUUGGGCGCUGGCCAGAGAUGAAAAAAAAGGAGGUUUACAGAAUAUAAAUAACCUGUUUCUCGCUCACUGCCCGUGCUGUGCGUUCUUGUUUAAAAUUCACCCGGCAAAGACAGAUACGGAAAAACAAAAAGCAUACAUAGUAGCCUAUAUAUACUCCCAUAUAGCGCCUUAUUCGAUAUAUAAGAUAAUACAUACCCCCUAUUGUAUAAUCCUGCUUACUAUAUACAGAAUAUAAUACCUGAUACCUAUUAUAAUACUUAGAGGCCCUUAUAAGGUCAUUUAGAUAAGAGAUAAUGGAGAUGGGUUUUUUUCUGUGGCUGUGGAAGAGAUCGCAAGGUGUGUUAAAGAAGUGCCACACACUCAAAUGCUCUUUACCCGUCAAUCAUUGUUGUUUCAGGAUAUUCAAAAGAGCAGCAACUAUCUGAAAACGAUGGUGAAACAACCAAAAAGUUGGAAUUUAUUUUUCCUAUUUGGAUUUAGCCGUGUGAUUGUUUGCUUGUGAAAAUAAAAAGCUGAGCAUUUGAGCGGGGGUCCUCUUGGAGAAAGACACUGAUGAUUUGCACAGGAAAACAAAUUACAGUGAAUCCUUUGCUGCAUGAAAAUGGGUGAAACUGACACAAACUGGAGGGGAGGAAGCUCUCUGAUCCAUAAAUCCCACGUGAUAAUGUAAGCUGUUUUAUUUACAGGUGUUAUCAAACGACAGGCUACGGUUAAUUGUCAAGUUAAAUCUUUAUUUUUAACGAAUUAAUCUUGAAUUUCUAAAGUACUAAACUGUGUUUCCUGGGAAAUCAGACGCUGGAAACGCUUUUGAGUAGUUAUAAUUACAAGGCAUUUUACUUCCUACUCUAUAUUAAACCCUAACUACGUUCUCAGCCUACCUUACAGACCAAAAAUAGCUAAUAGCCAUUCGAGUUUAAGAGUUGUUAUGGACUGAUGAUCACCAGCGAUUAUUCACACACACACACCCUUCCCACAUGUUGUCGUUUGAUUCCCAACGCACACGUCACAGCCACAAAAAAAAUCUUAAUUUGUCAGUUUUCAAUCAGUUAGGAUAUAUUGGUUAUUUGACUUGUGUUCAGCAGCUCUGAUGAAGACACCAGGGUUGUUAGAAGUGGAAAAAACAAAGGCCUCUUUUUGUACUGUAUUUUUUCAUUUUGUUUUUAUGUGUUAUCUUUUACUCAACUUUGUUUUCCCUGUUCUCCUCCCUGGUUGGAAGUUCAUGAUAUCAUAAGUGGACCAAAUCUCUUGAAAGCAUUUAAUAAACGGACUGUUUUAGAAAAAGA